AUGACCUCGACGCCGGACAUCGCCAACCUGACCAUCUCCGGCACCCCACGCGGCGACGCCGGCGAGUACGACUCGGGCAGGCCCCAGUACCACUUCCAGACCGCCACAGGCGUGCCCCAGUCCGCGUACAACAACCUCGGCGUUAACCAGAGCCCGCUCAAGAAUAAGCCCUCUCGUGCUGGUCUGCCGACUGGGUGGAUGGACUCUGCCGGGAAUCCGUACACCGACCAGCGGUCGAUGUCGCCCGGCAGCACCGAUCUCUCCUCUGGCGGCGGCUCGCCCCCGCUGGCCGGCAUCCAGCAGCCCCCGAUGCUGUCGCCCUCGCCGGGCGUGCCCAUUGGCGACGACGAGAUUAUACCCACGGCGAUCGUCAUCAAGAACAUUCCGUUCAACGUCAAACGCGAGACUCUCCUCGACAUCAUCGCAUCGCUUUCGAUCCCGACGCCGUACGCCUUCAACUACCACCUCGACCAGAGCGGCUCUUUCCGCGGCCUCGCCUUCGCCAACUUCCGGGCGUCGAGUGACGCGGAUGCAGUCGUCGCCGCGCUCAAUGGAUUCGACGUGCAAGGCCGCAAGCUGCGGGUGGAGUACAAGAAAGUACUCCAGGCCGGCGAGAAGGAGCGUAUCGAGCGCGAAAAGGCCAUUCGCCGCAUGCGUUCGAUGCAGAUGGAGCGCGGCCAGGUCGACAUUGGCCAGCCGACGCAGCAGCAUCUGCUCCAGCAGCAAGGCCCCGCCACUCCUUACGACGACUUCGGCACCGUCAUCCCGCCGACCUUCUCGCCCCACCGCUCUUUCUCCGGCCACAACCCGUACGCGCAAUUCGACCCCGUGCCACCUAUGCCUGUGCCCCAGCCGUACGGACAACAGACGAUCGCGCCUGCCCCGCCGCCGCCUGCGUUGAGCCCUGCACCGAGCAAGGGCGGUGCUGCGACGGAACUUGAUCUGAACGACCCUGCGACGCUCGAGAUCUACAGCCGCAUCCUGCUCUUCAAGGACGACAUGAUGCGCGACGAGCUCGCCUUCAGCCGCACUCUCAGCCCCAAGCAGCGCCGCAUCGUGCACCUCGUCGCGCAGAAGCUCGGCGUAUACCAUUACUCCGUCGGCGAGGGCGAAGACCGGUACGCCGUCGUGACUCGCAUUGAUCCCGAGAAGCGCGCUCAGGCUCAGCGUCACCCCGGCCUCACUCGCACGCCCUCUGCCGCCUACCUGUCGGCCACAUCCCCGACGUCAACGGGCCUCGCUCAGGCGCUCCGCGCGAAAAAGAGCAUGCCGGACAUGAAGACGCUCCAGGCGCAGCGCCCCACCGACCUGACGGGUGCUCCACGGCUCAACACCCGCCUCUCGAACGGAAAUAUGCGCGAGGGCUUCAACACCAUCGCAUCGCCUCCGCGCCGCUCGCCCGCGUCGUUCGCUGGCUUGUUCUCAACCGGCGGUGGAUUCGGUGUGCCGCCUGUACCUGCCAUCCCCGCCGGCAUGUCCAGUCCUGGCGCUGGACCAGAGAGCCCGAGUGUGCUCCGCCAGCCGCGCGGGCCGGGAACGAGCGGUGGAUUCGGUACACGCCGUGACCGCGUCAUCGCGAGCGAGAGCCAGGCGCCCAGCCGCGGUGUCGAGGCGCGCUCGCACGAGCCGCUCGAGCUCUGA